UUUCCGGGGCGGGUUCGGGCCGUUCCGGCGGCGCUCGGGCCCUUUCCCAGGCUGCCGCUGGGCUGUGAGGCAGGAGCGGGCUGGAGCCGGGCGGCGGCGGCGGAUGGGGCCGGCGGAGAGGCCCUGGGAAGGCAGACGGAGCACCCUACGCUGUUCUGGGCUGGAAGUCCACUGUCCUUUUGCCCCCUGGACUCCAAGAAACCUGCUUCUUUUUUGGUGAAGCAGACCCUGACCUCCUGUUUCUUUGCUGCAUGCCCGCUCGCGAGUGCUGGAUUAUGUUUGUCUCCUUCUCCCUUUGCUCCAUCAUUUGGCUGAAUCGUGGUUUCAAACUAAGGAAAAGGGGCUGCACUUAAGCACACCGGGACACCCGGACCACGCUCCUGGGGUGCUGGUUCAUGCAGAGACAUUCAGAGUGCUGAUGGGGGAGACCUGCCUUUGAAGUCCCUCCUCUCCCACCCGAAACGUGCUGCCUCAGCAUCCGGAGCCCUUCUCCCCGCAGCAGAGAGAAUGGGCAGCACCGAUGGCUUCCAGUACCGUGCGCUCUACCCCUACCGCAAGGAGCGUGAGGAGGACAUUGAUCUGCUGCCUGGGGACAUCCUGGUGGUGAGCAAGGGGGCCCUGCAAGCCUUGGGCUUCAAAGACGGCGAUGAGCAGACCCCCAACCAGAUCGGAUGGAUCCUGGGUGUCAACGAGCGGACCAAGCAGAAGGGCGACUUCCCGGGCACGUACGUGGAGUACGUGGGGCCGGUGAAGAUCUCGGUGCCCUCUCACCGGCCCCGAGUGCAGAGGCCUCUGCCCGCCACGCCGGGUGCCGGCGGCUGCCGCCUCCCAGAAGCUCUGGAGCAAGGGUCUCCUCUCCUGGAAUUGCAGGAGCAGUUCAGCCCUCCCGAGCUUGCACCCCCGCUGCUGGUGAAGCUGGUGGAAGCUAUUGAGAAGAAAGGGAUAGACAGCGAGAUGCUGUACAGGACAUCUGGCUCCGAGCUGAGGCAAGCGCUGAGAACCGAUUGGACCCUGGGUGACCUGGAGCCCUUUGACGUGCACUCCCUGUGCGAGGCGCUGCGAGGCUACCUGCAGGACCUGCCCUCCCCCGUGGUGCCGGUGGCCGUGCACGGAGACAUCCUGCGUAUCCUGCAGGAGAUACCCCAGCCGGAGAAUUGCCGGAAGCAGCUGCUGCUGGCCCUGGAGUCGCCUGCGGUCCCGCUCCAGAACACGCUCACCCUGCAGUUCCUGCUCCGGCAUCUGGGGAAGGUAUCGCAGCAGGCCGAGAGCAACAGCCUCCACCCUCGGGCCCUGGGAGAGAUCUUCGGCCCCCUUCUCCUCCGGCUGCCUGGCGCCAGCCCAGAGCUGAGCCCUGACUUCUCCGUGCUGUUUUUGGAGAUGCUUCUGCAGACGAAGGAGUUGGAGCCGGAACAGUUGCCUCCAGCCUUGCCUCCAAAACCCCCUAAGCCCAAGCCCAGCGCAGCCAGCUUGGCCAACGGGAACAGCAUGUCCUUGCAGGACGCCGAGUGGUACUGGGGUGACAUUUCACGGGAGGAGGUGAACGAGAAGCUACGGGACACGCCGGAUGGUACCUUCUUGGUGCGUGAUGCCUCCAGCAAGAUCCAGGGGGAAUACACCCUCACGCUCAGGAAGGGAGGCAAUAACAAGCUGAUCAAGAUCUUUCACCGGGAAGGGAAGUACGGCUUCUCGGAGCCCCUCACCUUCGGCUCGGUGGUGGAGCUCAUCACCCAUUACCGGCAUGAGUCACUCGCCCAGUACAAUGCCAAGCUGGACACCAGGCUGCUCUACCCCAUCUCCAAGUACCAGCAGGACCAAGUGGUGAAGGAGGACAGUGUGGAAGCCGUCGGGGAGCAGCUGAAGGUCUAUCACCAGCAGUACCAGGACAAGAGCUGGGAGUACGACCUGCUGUAUGAGGAGUACACGCGCACGUCCCAGGAGCUGCAGAUGAAGAGGACUGCAAUCGAGGCCUUCAACGAGACAAUCAAGAUCUUUGAGGAGCAGUGUCAGACGCAGGAGAAGUGCAGCAAGGAGUACAUCGAGCGCUUCCGGAGGGAGGGCAAUGAGAAGGAGGUGCAACGGAUCCUCAUGAACUCGGAGAAACUCAAGUCUCGCAUCACAGAAAUCCAUGACAGCAAGAUGAAGCUGGAGCAGGACCUGAAGAAACAAGCCUCGGAGAACCGGGAGAUCGACAAGCGCAUGAACAGCCUCAAGCCAGACCUCAUGCAGCUGCGCAAACUGCGGGACCAGUAUUUGGUGUGGCUGACGCAGAAGGGUGCCCGGCAGAAGAAGAUCAACGAGUGGCUGGGUAUCAAGAACGAGACGGAGGACCAGUACUCCAUGAUGGAUGAUGAGGAGGAGCUGCCCCACCACGAGGAACGAACGUGGUACGUGGGGAAGAUCAACCGCUUGCAGGCAGAGGAGAUGCUUUGUGGCAAGCGGGACGGCACCUUCCUGAUCCGUGAGAGCAGCCAGAAGGGAUGCUACGCCUGCUCCGUGGUGGUGGACGGUGACACCAAACACUGUGUGAUCUACAAAACAGCGACAGGCUACGGGUUCGCUGAACCCUACAACCUCUACGCCUCCCUCAAGGACCUGGUCUUGCACUACAAGCACACGUCCCUGGUGCAGCACAAUGACUCCCUGAAUGUCACGCUGGCUCACCCUGUCCUUUCCCAGCCACCAGCCAGAUGAGCAGCCCAUGCACAACAUUACAGCUGCCUUCAGCUUCUCCCCAGAGCGCUGCUUUCUGGCUCUGGACUCUUUGCACCCUGUAUAGUUGAGUCUCUGUGCUCCUGCCCCUCCAGAGCCUCUGAGAUGUCUGUGACCGUUCCUGAUGUCCCUUUUGGUCAGUAGCUGAAACCCGUGUUGGCUGGUGGGACAGAAAGGCUGGGCUGUUGAUUCCCAGUGGACUCCAGCCUCUAGGAAGCAGGAUCCAGUCGUGAUUGAAUUGCUGGGGGUGAGCACAGUCCUCUCUCCUUCCCCAAUAAGCAGGUCAGAUCCCCUCUUGCUGGCAGGUCGCCCCGCUAUGCAUCACUGUAGAGGUAGAUUCCCAGUCCCGAGGGUCUCCCUGCCGGGAUGCUGGAGAAGGCAGAGGAGGAGGCUCCGCUGAGCAUGUGCAUCCUCCACUCUCCCUUCCCUUGGUGACUUGCGGGCUGUGGCGGUGUCUGGUACGAGAGGUGCUGCUCUUCCAUGCAAAGACUCAUUUAGAAAGGAGAAACCGUGUCCUCUGGGGGGGCUUCUCAGCAGAGGUUUCCGCUCCAUGCCGUGCCCCACCUCACCGUCUUGUUCCCUAAUUCCAUAAUCGCCUCUUGAGCGUUGCUGUCUGGGGAGGGAGGAUCCAGUUAGCGAUGAAUCUCUCGCCUUAGUUGUGCCAACUAAGCUGUGAAACCCGUGUUGGUACCGUGUGUUUUCCCCGGCAGAAUCUCUGGAUGCACAGCUCCUUGUUCCCGGCUGGCUUGGGUGAACCUCUUGCAAGAGUAACCCCUUGAAGCUCACUGUAGCUCUGUAAAUACGGUUCCUUUUGUAAUCAGCUGCUUUCCUAGUGCUGGUGGUUGCCGAACUCCCACUACUCAGCCCAGGCUGCUGCAGACCCGGGUCCUGCCAGCUUGAAGCAGGAGGGGGCCGGAGGCCGACGCACACUAUGAGCCCAUUGCGAAAUGAAGGACCUCUCUGCUGCAGGAGGACGGUAUCUGCUGGGCCGAGGGCCUUGGCACCUAGAAAUGUAUGUGCACGAUGUGGAACUCUGUAUGCAAAGCACUUAGAAUCAUGAGUACUGUAUGGGGGUGAAGGAGCCGGGUGUUGUCGUGCUGCCCCUCGGAGCUGGCUGGUGCAGGCAGGGAUUUGUUGUGUCUGAGCUCAAAGGGCUCGAGGGCCACAGAGGUGGCUCUGCUGGACCUGGGCUGAGAGUUGAGGCCACGGUGGCAUUUGCUUCGCUGGGUUAUCCUGUCUCCCUGGCUUGGAGAAAGCAUUAAUUGUCCUCUUGUUUUGCCGGAGAGGCUCUUUCCCUUUCGGAGCUGCAUCCUCAGCAUGGAUGCUGUAGGCUUCGCCGCUUGUGUUGCUGUUGGAUCUGCGAGGUGCUGCGUGCUCGUGCUCUGCAUCCUGUCCUUGCUGUGCCACCUGCAUCGGGUACCACGCUGUCCCUCCUCCCCCAGCUCUGCUUGGCUCGCACCUGGGGCCCAGAUCCUUUCGGAUAUGGGGUUGCUGGAGCAAACAUCCCAUCCCCGUUGCUUGUGGCAGCUUCUAUGCUUGGCUGUACAGCCCCCAUUCCCUGCAUGCCCUCUCCAGGCCCUGGGCUGGGGUUUUGGGUCUGGUUCUUCACUGUUUGGUGCUCUGAGGCCAUGGUGCAGCAGUGCUGGCCCUGACCUGUUGCAGCUCAGGGUGUCCAAGUGCCACGGAAGGGGCAGGCGACAGCUCAAGGGAGCUGUGGGGUGCAGAGACCAGAUGAGGCCACAUGUAGCUUCAGGCAUCACUUGGGAAAAGCUGCCAGGGAUAACGAAGGGAAUAGUUUGUGCUCGGACACGUGAGAGAUGAGAACAUGUGGGAAUGGGGCAGGGAGGCCUGGUACUCAUAGCCUCUGGGGGGUGCCAUGCCAGCACCCCAAAGCUUCCCACCAGGCUCCCACCCCAUUCCUAGCAGUGUAUUUCCAGCCUGGGGACUCUGUCCUGGUCCUGCGCUUCCAGCACAUCCCUGCUCCACAGGGCAGGCUGCAGGCAGGCAGGAGCCUCCGGAUGCUCACCCCACAGGCCCCACAACCUUCUGAGCUUGAGGCCAGUCCAGCCAGGAAGGGGUUUGCUCCCGGCUCAUUCCAGGACCUGCUGAGCCUCUGGGAGUGUCUCAGCCUCAAGCUGUCACCUCUUGGUGCUCGUCCCGGCUGGGGAAGCUCCAGCUUCUCUCGACACGAUCUUUCCUCCUCCUGGCUGAGUUCCUGCUGUUCUCCCCACGCUGUCCCUUCCUGCCAGAGCCUUUUCCUUCCCCAGGAGCUUGGGCAGCUCAGUGGGAUCACAGCGGGGGUCACAGUCACCCCUCUGCGCCCUCCAGCACCCAUCUCCCCUCCAGGGCUCCACUCGCUCUGUACAAGGAGGAGGACAAAGCCCUUCCCCAGGGCUGCCUUUCCCUCACGGUGCUUGACUUGGCUCCCUGCAGCUCAGCUCUUCCCUGUGUCCCCCCAGGGGGGAACCCCAAGCCCUGAGCUCCCCCCCCAAAUAAGCUGGUUGUGAUUUGUCCUUCUCUGCUUUGCUGGUGCUGUUGGUGCCGCUGGAUGCCGCCGCUCGCGAUGCGUUUCCAGGCCCUGGGCUGUGCUUUGCUGCUUGUGACCCUUCCCCCCCCCCCAAACUCUCUGUUGUCCCCCCAACCGAGCUGCUCACCCACAUCCCAUGGGUGCAACGUGGCCGUUCCUGCUCCCCGGGGCACAGCUCCGGUCUCGUCCCUCUAUAUCCCAGCUUGGGAUGCUCCACACUCCCCGUCACCCCACUGGGGAUGCUGGAGGGGGUGUCGUGCUCGGGGGGGACGUGGCGGCUGCAUGAGCACACCCGAGGUUUUAGUUCUAGGUAUAUGCAAUAAUAACUCGCCACUUCAGCUGCCCGUUACCAGCAGUAGCUCUCUCUCUGCUCUUUCUGUCGAUGUUUACUAAUGUCAACCCAUGAUUUGUUACUGUAAGAGGAUUUUUUGUACGGUACUUCAAAAAAAACCCCCACAAAACAACCCCCAAAAAACCGAAAUAAACAGAAAUCAUGGAA